AUGGGGAGCUCUGGUCAAGGUCGCAAAAUCACAGCACCCCUUAUCUAUGCUGUUUUCAUUGCUGCCAUUGGGUCUCUCCAGUUUGGGUACAACACUGGUGUAAUCAAUGCACCUGAGAAGAUCAUCCAGGGGUUCUUCAACAAAACCUUGUCUGACAGGAGUGGGGGUGUUGUUUCCCCAGAGCUCCUCACCUCUCUGUGGUCCCUUUCUGUGGCCAUCUUCUCAGUAGGAGGUAUGGUUGGCUCCUUCUCAGUCAGCCUGUUUGUCAACAGAUUUGGCAGGAGGAACUCCAUGCUACUGGUUAAUGUCUUGGCCUUUGCUGGUGGCCUUCUCAUGGCCUUCUCUAAGUUGGCAAAGGCAGUGGAGAUGCUGGUUAUUGGCCGCUUCAUUAUUGGUAUCUUCUGUGGUCUCUGCACUGGCUUUGUGCCCAUGUAUAUCAGUGAGGUCUCGCCCACCAGCCUCCGUGGAGCCUUUGGCACCCUCAACCAGCUGGGCAUUGUUGUGGGCAUCCUGGUGGCUCAGAUCUUUGGCCUGGAGUCAAUCAUGGGGACUGAAGGGCUUUGGCCAAUGCUUUUGGGGUUCACAGUCCUCCCAGCGAUCUUGCAGUGUGUGGGUCUUAUAUUCUGCCCUGAGAGCCCUCGUUUCCUAUUGAUCAACAAGAUGGAGGAAGAGAAAGCACAAACAGUUCUCCAAAAGCUCCGUGGUGUACAAGAUGUGUCUCAAGACAUCCAGGAGAUGAAAGAAGAGAGUGCUAAAAUGUCACAGGAAAAAAAAGCAACUGUGCCAGAGCUCUUCCGUUCUCCAAGCUACCGUCAAGCCAUUAUCAUUGCCAUCAUGUUGCAGCUCUCCCAACAGCUCUCAGGCAUCAAUGCUGUAUUCUAUUAUUCUACAGGGAUUUUUGAAAGAGCUGGUAUUACACAGCCUGUGUAUGCCACUAUUGGAGCUGGUGUGGUGAACACGAUCUUCACUGUUGUGUCGCUGUUCCUGGUGGAGCGUGCAGGGCGCAGGACCCUCCAUUUAGUUGGUUUGGGUGGCAUGGCAGUGUGUGCUGUUCUUAUAACCAUCGCUUUAGCUCUGAAGGACAGUGUGGAGUGGAUCAAAUACAUCAGUAUUGUUGCCACUUUUGGCUUUGUGGCUCUUUUUGAGGUUGGCCCUGGCCCUAUCCCAUGGUUCAUUGUGGCAGAACUCUUCAGCCAGGGCCCACGGCCUGCAGCCAUGGCAGUGGCUGGUUGUUCCAAUUGGACCUCCAAUUUCUUGGUGGGAAUGCUCUUCCCCUAUGCAGAGAGACUAUGUGGUCCCUACGUCUUCCUCAUCUUCCUUGUUUUCCUGGUCAUCUUCUUUGUUUUCACGUUCUUCAAAGUACCGGAGACCAGGGGCAGGACUUUUGAAGACAUCUCCAGGGGCUUUGAAGGCAGAGGAGAAGCAAGCACCACAUCCCCUGUAGAGAAGAACCCGAUGGUGGAGCUGAACAGCAUACAGCCUAACAAAGAAGAUGCCUAAGAUUUAUGACACACCCAUUCUUUAACUCUUACAUGCUUAAAGAGUCAUUAAAGGAAUGAACAA